AUAUUUUUCACAUCCCUCUAUAAACAAAGUGCUGCAAAUUUCGAGGAGGAUCCCCAAAUCCCAGAGCCCGGUUCAGAUUCCAGAUCCCAGCGAACAGUGCAAGAUGGACGAGCCCUCGGACGAUGAGAACUCGGAGCCCACGCCCAAGAAGAUCAAGCGGGAGUGGGUGAAGAGCUACUCGAACAAGGCCAUGGAGAUGAUGAAGAAGAUGGGUUACGAGAACGACAAGGGUCUGGGCAAGAGCAACCAGGGCCGCCUGGAGCCCGUGAUCGCCGUGCAGCAGGAUGGACGCCGUGGCUUCGGCCUCAAGCUGGACACCGUCCAAUUCUCGGCCGGCCAAUGGGAUCCUGCCUGCGAGGAGCUCGAGAUACCCGAGCCGGUCCUUUGGCUUCACAAUCCGGGCGGCGGUGCCGACUCAUAUAGCCUCGAUCAGCUGAUGGGGCACGUGGUCACCGGCCCAAAGAAACUGACCCUGGACGAGGAGACACGCUACUGCGAUCCGGCCACCCUGCAUCACAUCCUCAAUGCCAAAACCGUAUUCGAUGAUCUCAACGACAGCGAGAAGCGGCGGGCGAGAUCCCGCUGCAAUCCCUUCGAGACCAUCCGCAGCUCCAUCUUCCUUAAUCGCGCCGCCGUCAAGAUGGCCAACAUCGACUCCAUGUGCGACUUCAUGUUCACCAAUCCCCGCGAUCUUGAUGGCCAAUCUCUGGUGGCUGCCGACGAGCUCCUCUACUUCACGGACAUGUGUGCAGGCCCUGGUGGUUUCUCCGAAUACGUGCUGUAUCGCAAAUCCUGGGAAGCCAAGGGAUUCGGCUUCACGCUGCGCGGCGCCAAUGACUUCAAGCUGGAAAAGUUCUUUGCCGCCUCGCCGGAGUCCUUCGAUACCUUCUACGGGGUAAAGGACGAUGGCAACAUCUUCGACGAAAGCAAUCAGGACUCGUUGAACGAAUACAUCCGUCUGCACACGCCUCAUGGCGUUCACUUUGCCAUGGCCGACGGCGGCUUCUCGGUGGAGGGUCAGGAGAACAUCCAGGAGAUCCUGUCAAAGCAGCUGUACCUCUGUCAGUUCCUCACCGCCCUGAAGAUCCUGCGCCAGAACGGCAGCUUCGUGUGCAAGGUGUUCGACCUGUUCACACCGUUCAGCGUGGGCCUGGUCUAUCUGAUGUACAAGUGCUUCCACCAGAUAGCCAUCAUCAAGCCGAACAGCAGCCGGCCAGCGAAUUCGGAGCGCUACUUGGUCUGCAAGUACAAACGGUCGGACUCGGAGACGGCGGCCAUCAUAGCCUACCUGAAUGCGGUGAACCUCAUGCUGAUCGAGGAAUCGCAGCAGGAGGAUAGCCAAAACGACGUGCUGGAGAUCUUCGAUGCCAACGAGCUGGCCGAGGACGAGGACUUCCUGCGCUACAUCAUCGAUUCAAACAAUGCCAUUGGCCGGAAGCAGAUCGUGGGCCUGCGCAAGAUAGCCGCCUUCGCCCAGAAUCCGGAGCUGAAGGAGGCCAAGCAGUCGGAGGUGCGGCAAGAGUGCCUCAAGCGUUGGGGACUGCCGGAUAAACUGCGACAGGCGCCGGAGAUCAAGCCAACGGACAGGCUUCUGGAGGAACUCCUGGGCGAUUGGGCAUCCGAUCGCAGCUGGCUGAAUCUGACGGCCGCCGAGAUGAACGGCGUGACGAAUCUAAACAUGGCCGUAAAGAACGUGGCGGACUGGUACUUUGUGCCCGUGGGUCGCGAGGAGACGAACAUCAAUGCCUGCACUCUGUUCCUGUGCAAGUCGCGGGGCAAUCUGCUCCGCUACACGGAGCACAAGAAGUGGGAGCUGGUGGAGACCGCCUUUGAGGUGCAGCCGCGCUCGAUCUUCUUCGGCCAGAUUGUGUACGAGUUCUACGGCGAGGGCAGGACGAUUCAGCGGGUGGCUGCACUGCACAUCAUCGAUGGCAUCUGCCUGGGCGGCAUAGACAUCCGACGAAGACCGUUCCGCGAACGCGUGAGCAUGUGCGAUAAGUUUGCCCGGAGUCUGAACAAGCCGCAUCGCAAGGAGCGAACGUUUGGAGCGCUACGCAGCAAGCCCUUCUUCCGGCUACGGGAUAUGGGCAGUUUCUUUGCGGACAUGCGGCAUUAUGUGCUGAAGGAUAAUUCGCAGAGAUUUGGAUAUGCGCUCGACGACAACAAGUUCUUUGUGCCGGGCGGCAUACUGAUGUUCUGUGAGCUGACCACCAACUACGUGUCCGCCCACUCGCGAUCACGUGGUCAGCUGUACUACUUCAACGUUACGAACAAGGAGUCGUACUACAAGGAGCAGAUACCCAGCAAGAAGGCCGCCGAGAUCUUCGCCUCGUUCCGCUACAGCUACUCGCGCCGCCUGCUCUGGAAGUGGACGGACCUGCGCCAGGUGGAGGAGCUGGCCACCGAGGACAAUCCAAAGAUCCUGUUUCGCAGCGACUUCAUCAAGUUUAUCGCGGACAAGCUGGGCCACAGUUAGGCCAGCCCAACAUAGCCAUAAGUCUAAUUAUACAUACAUACGCGUACGUGUUUUUUAAACCUACCCCGCAUGCUUAGGAUUUAUCUGGAGGUUUUACAACGGAUCCCUGCAUUUUACUUAUUCGAUUUAAGUAUACAACGAUAAAUUGUCCGCAGGGACUAAAUCAUUUUUUUCUGACCAUCCCUACUAACUAUAUUCAUAUAUGUCUGGCCGAAGUGUGCAAAUGUUUUAUUUCUAAAGAUCUUACCAAAGUUCCAACGUCUUUCAUUUGGACUGGGUUAUUUGGAAAUAGUUAAUCAAGUUAAUUUACUAGCGAAAAGUGACCCUAAGCUGCACUUUCAAACUUGGUCAAUUGCAUGUAAAUUGCCAAAAGGUUUAAUUAUGUAAUAAUUUCAACUUAAAUUUAAUAAAAUUCCGCGAAGGAACUAAUUUUAGCCAA